UUGUCAUUCGACAUUCGCUAUAUUUCCUUCGACGACGCAAAGAGACGCUAGACCGGAUCAAAAAUAAAGUGUUUUUCCGUGUGUAAAAGAGGAUAUUUUCACGAAAAAUCACUCUUAACGCAUCGCGCAAUAUUCCAUUAUUGCAUUGAUUUGAUCAAGGCACCAAUAGCGAUACAAUGAGCAAGAAAGGUGACUCUCCGGAACCACAGGAAACAGAGGAAUACUCGGUGGAGAAGGUAUUGGAUCGCCGAGUUCGGGGUGGAAAGGUGGAGUACUAUCUGAAGUGGAAAGGUUACUCUUCGGAAGACAAUACGUGGGAACCGGAGGAAAACCUCGAUUGUCCGGACCUCAUUCAAGCAUUUGAGGAACAAAGACAGAAAAAGGAGAAGGAAGUUUCUUCUCUAGCAGGCCGGAAAGAGUCUGAGAGCAAAAAGAGGAAAACCUCAACUCCACCAGCGACUGAAACUAAAGUGCCAGCCGCUAAAAAGAAGGAUGUCAAGAAAGGCUCAAAUCUCCAAGGAUUUGAUAAGGGAUUGGAGCCAGAUAGAAUUCUGGGAGCCACGGACACUUCGGGCGAAUUGAUGUUUUUGAUGAAAUGGAAGGAUACGGAUGAAGCAGAUUUAGUUCCAUCGAAGCAAGCAAAUGUGAGGUGUCCUCAUAUUGUCAUCCAAUUCUACGAGGAACGUCUCACCUGGCACACACCAUCAAUUGAAGAAAAUUAGAAUUGCAUCUCUGCCAAGUGAAGAUGGUAAAAAUAUGAUUUUUAAAAAAAAAAUUCUGAUUUUCUCAGUUUUUUUUUUUUGUAUGACUUUUUCUUUCUCAAUUGAAAUAAUGAAUUCCACUCAUGAUGUAGAAAAGAUAUGCGUGAAAAAAAACUAACGCAUCCUUCUCCCUGCAAAAUUGGGAAUAAGAUUUGAUCAGCAAAUUGAAUAAAAGAUUUUUAAAAUAAAAUUUGAGCUGCUCGCGAAUAAGAAUUGUCCACAAUUUCACACAUUACUGAAAUUUUAAGUUUUUUUUCUUGAUUUAAAUAUACAUGAAUAAUAAGAUAUGUAACUCUUGAA